AUGCCUAAAAACUACAGCCGAACAUCACAAAGAGCAAUUGCGUACUCGCAAAAAGACUUGGAAACUGCUGUAGAAAAAGUAAGAAAAAAAGAACUAACUAACUAUGCUGCAUCAAAACUUUACGGGAUUCCAGCAUCUACCCUUAGUGAUCGAGUUAAUGGUAAAACAGGUUUAAAAAGUCGUACCCUAGGAAGAUCACCUGCUAUACCUUUAGAUAUGGAAACCAAACUAGCAUCAGGUCUACGUACAAUGGAAAAAUGGGGUUGGGGCUUAUCUAAAUCUGAAGUGAUUGACAUAGUGUCAGAGUUUAUAAAGAGAAAUAAAAUAAAAACUCCAUUCAUAAAUGAUAUACCAGGGAACGAUUGGUUUCUUUCGUUCCGAAAGCGGCACAAGCUAUCCAUUAAAAAACCUCAACCAAUAGAGUACCUCCGAAAACGCAUGACAGAUCCUUUUGUAAUACACGAGUAUUUCACUUUACUAGGAAGCACCCUUGAGAAGUUGAACCUAAACGACCCGCACAAGAUUUGGAAUUUAGACGAGAGCUAUGUAUGUUUAGAUCCAACAAAAAGGAAAGUUGUUGGCGCAGUAGGUGCACGAUGCACAAGGACAACGGCUGGAUCUGCAAAAGAAAAUAUUACCGUGUUAACGACUGUCAACGCGGUUGGCAUCAAAUUGAAUCCUUUAAUUGUAUUUAAAGGGAGCUACGUAUAUGACCAAUGGAUGGCAGAUCAAAAUGAAGAAUAUGAUUUUGAAGUUGCUUAUGCUUCUAGCAAACGCGAUUGGAUGGAGACCGAAAUAUUUUAUAAUUACAUGGUUAAGGUCAUAAUUCCAAGUUUAGGAGAAGAAAAACCAGUGCUCUUAAUUUACGAUGGUCAUAGCACCCACGUUGACGAACGAGUCGUAGCAUUAGCAGCAGAAAACAACAUAACCAUUUUAAAACUGCCUGCUCAUACAUCUCACUUGCUACAACCUUUAGACUUAGCGGUCUUCAAGUCAUUUAAAAGUAUUUGGGACAAAAAACUUGUGGAAUGGCAACGCCAAAAUGUCGGAUUUAAAAUACGUAAGAAAGAGUUUGCUGAAAUGUUUGCACAAGCAUGGAGUCAAACAACACCAAAAGUGAUUCAAAAUGGCUUUAUGAAAGGAGGUAUUUACCCGUUUGACCCAAAUGUUAUACCAAAAGAAAAAUAUGACCCAGCGGCUUAUAAAAAGAUGGCAAAACGAAAUGAUAUAUAA